AUGUCUGGUGUUCUCGUCUUGGUGUCUUUGGCUUUGCUCGCCGCGUGCUUGGCUUUUCCAGCCAUCAGUUCGAAAGCAGUAAAAAGACUUGCGACAAGAGGUGUAGCCGUGCUGCAGCAAGGGCAUGGCAAGACGGAAACUGUGAAGCCAUGUGAGUGCAGUACGAAUUUCAAGUCUGCUCGCCAUUGCAGCUUGGCAAUGGUCGUCUAAACAUCCGAGCGGACCUUCGCAGCCUGGCACACAUCAGCUGCUACGUUGGCUUUCAUAUCAACGCCUCCAGCCGAUCAUGCGCUGACCCCAGCAAACAUUGACGUGCACGAGGCGCGAGAUCAUAUCUAGUGAGCUUGAGGCGACGAUCAUGGAAAGGACUCGCUGGCAGAGACUAGCCACUGAAGACGUUUCUUUGAUUCGCAGUGGCAACAAGGUCAUUCGACAUCCGUACCACCAAGUGAGUCGGACUCGUUGGGACAGUCGAGCAUCGGAGAGGUUUGACCGCGAAGCCUCGUGCCACAGACGAUGGCCCAUCAGCAGAUGCAACCUGCUGACUGGAUAGAGCCGGACAAGAACUACAAAAGCGAUUUGGAAUGGAAAGCCAAAGUGCUGAAGGCGCAGGGCAAAGCCGUGUGCGACGUUCUACCAGAUUGCGAGGAAGCUUGUGCAGAAAUGUUGAUUCUGAUGAGCGCGUGGCUCGUAGCGAGGUAUCCUGAAUUGUACGAGUACGAGUCUGGAGACAAGCAAGGCAUCCGCAAUCUGGUCACUGGCGAGACGCACGCGCUCUACAUCGAGGAUCGUGCGCGACAAGGCGUAGAAGCACUUCGCGUCAUCAGUCGGUGAGCUCCGAAGUGACAUCCCGGAGUGGCUACGAGCCGGACUGACGCUCGAUGGACUCGAUUGUCGCAGCUUGGUGCAAGACGACUUCUUGAUUGCGCGGCCAUCUUCCUCGGGGGACGAAUCCUGGAUUUGCGCUGGUGGUUUGGUUUGCUUCCCUGGUGAGCUACGCGAGGAGCAAGCCUGCGCUGCGAGUGUUCUUGUUGACGGGGCGACUCUCCCUCUUUCGUUUCAGGCUUCUACCUCGUCUCGCACAAGAUUGGUCUUUCCUUACACGACACACAUGCGCCGGUGCCGCAAUUCAACGAGAAGAUCCUGCGCUCGGUAGAGCGAUCUCUGACGCGUCUGAAGCCUGAGGCGCCAAUCGAGAGGACGAGCUGGGAAAUCGUUGAUGAUCCAGAUCACCUCUUUUGGGCGCCAAUGGCAGGACCUUUACCGACAGAGCCUGGUAGAAACGGUGCAGUCGCCGUGCCAAUGAUGCCGGAGCACCGCACUGGGCGAUCAAACGACGCGUGUGUGACGGAGAAUCCAGCAGACCUUGUACUACGCCUUGACCAUCAGACGUGAGGAACGACCUCCAAAUCUUCUCUGACUUUCUCUGACGAGGGCCUCUGCCUCAUUCAUGCAGCUUUAUCAAGCUUCCGAAGAGUGGCUGCGUGAGUAGCGCACGUCGGGCGCACGCCGAAGGAGAUGCUGAUGUACUUAUGCACCCUUCCAGGUCUUUUUGGGCAUUCAUCCUGUGAGUAGGUUGGCUGGCUGCCUUGCCCUCCCAAAGAUCGAUACUCUGGCAAGACUAAGAUGAGGUUGCUUGCCAACGAUGCAGAUGAGGCGCAGGUUGUCAGAGUUGGCCACUCUGCCUCUGUUGCCUGCCCUCUUGUUGAAAGUGCAUGAAGAGGCGCCGGCGGACUUGAUGGAGUACAAGGCAGCACCGCUCUAUUCCGCCUCGGUCUUGCCCUACCUCAAAAAGCUUCACAACCAGCAGAUCGCUGAGGGCCUGAUUCGUGGCGAUGAAGACCCGAGCGACUUUCGGAUUGCGAUGCGAGCGCAAGGGGAAGAUCAUGCUGCCGAUGUGGCGAACGGACAUGAAAGCUGA